AAAAUCCGUGCUUGCUAAGCUUCCAUGAUCAUCCGAGCCCAUUUCCGACCUAUGACUCUAUGAGAAGCUCAUAGACUACUUAAAGGCGGGCCUGCUCUUGCCUCGUGCCAGACAUGGCUUCCCGCUAUAAUGGAUCGCGGUAUGAUGGCGAUUCGCGCCGCUCUAGGUCUCGAGAUCGUUCGCCAGAUCGGAGAUCAUUGUAUAGUGACGGUGGACCGCGACGCUCUUCUGCCGAAUCUCGAGUGAAUACCUCUGCGUUUCAGACCAAUCGGGAUAACUUUCGCGACGCCCCCCUAUCAAGAGACCCCCCUCGGGGCCCGAAAGCCUUACUCGAUGCGCCUAGCGGACCUCGCGGAGGAGGAUACUCCGGAGAUUUCCGCGGUAGAGGUCGCGGAAGGGGUAGAGGUUGGCGAGAUGAUAGCCGGGACCGUGGGAGGGAUAGGGAUAUCGAUUUUAGAGAUCGGAGAGACAACUCUUACCGCGAUGAACGCAGCCGAGAACGUGAUCGCGGUGAUUGGCGGGACCGUGAUCGAGACAGCUUCAGAGGACGACGACCAUCACCCCGUGGACGAUCACCCCCCGGUAGAGAUUUUCGGGAUUCGAGAGACUUAAGAGAUGCUCCACUAGGCGUCGAUGCGGAGCGCGCUCGACGUGGAUCGAGAGACGGACCACUUUCGGCUGGAUCGUCUUCAUCUGACCCUCCUUUUGGGCCCUCGUCCUAUCGCGGCGGGUAUAAUAGUCGGGGUCGCGGGAGAGGUCGUGGCGACUGGGAUAGAGGCCGUGGACGGGGUUUUUAUGACGAUCGUGACAGAUACGGCCCGGCCUUUAGGUCGCGUUCUCAAGAGGGACGAUAUCGAGAUCGGGACGACCGCGAUCGCGAUAAUAGAUAUCUCGAUCCCGACUUACGCCCACGCGAUCAUCGAGAUGACCGCGAUGUGCGAGACCGCGAGGUUAGGCCCAAACUCGAGAGAGCAUCGCACGAGCCGCCCCCAUUACCUCCAAAAGACGUUUCGCCCCCUCCAGUCGCUCCAGCCGCGCCAUCCUUUGGAUCGGUACCUAACAGAACUGCAUCAACGACUGAGACCGGACCGGCCAUGGGCAAGGCGCCGCCAACAGGACCAAGGGCACUCAAAGAAGAGCGGCCAAUAGUGCCUGGCCCUGCGCCUAAUGCAGAUUCAAGACUGCCACCUAUCGGUCCAUCUAGAUCGUCCUUCCUAGAAAUGAGCCCUACCACUAUUCCUUCUGGUCCACGCUCCCAAACACGGCCGGGCCCCUCGAGCAAGCAAUGGAUCAACCCUAAUAUUAAGAAUCGGGUCCCAGAGUCACCAAAGCUAAGUAGGUCUCAGAGUUUAGCUCAACCGCGACCUGCCGGAUUCCGUCCGGACGGAACGCAUUCGGAUCAACCGGUGGAUAAUGACCAACGACCGCCUAGUGGCGAUGCAAAAGCAGACCUACAGCCGGCUUCGGUAGAUAAACAUGCUCAUGACUCUCAUACCGCAGACCUAGGUGAGGCGACUGUUAGACAUGACCAGCCGUCUCGGUCUGAUAGGCCGUCUUUGGAUCGAGAACGUCAGCCUCAGGAGCGACCUGGUAGCAGAGGCAAGAAUGAGGACGGCGAGAUAGAUGAGAGCGGCCGCUCUAUGGAAGAGAUGCCCAGUGUGGAACUAAAGGCCAUGCCAGUGGCAGACGCAGCAAAGCCAAAACCAGAGCGAAAGCCUAUCCUUAAAGUCUCCUUGCGACACGUUUCCUUGCCUCAGAAGGAAGUGAAAUUGCCUAUUUUGGAUCAGUCAUCGGAGUCAGACGAUGAGGAGUUUGGCGAUGUCAUUGAAUCGCAAAUGGCUGAAGUAGAGGCAAAGUUAAAGCGGCUUGAGGGGAUUGAGGAAGCUGUGCCAAUCGACGCUAUAAUGCGACAUGCGGUGGUGUCACUCGAGGCUAUUACGAAAAUUCUGAACGAACCUGAAAGCUUAGGAGAGAUGGUUGGUCGUGUUCCGGACGAUGUUUCCCCGCCUGGUAAAAUGCCCACGGAACCAGAACCCCAGGUUGAGAAGGCUCCGGUGGUCGAAGAUAUUAAGGAGGUUAGUGAUACCAAGGAACUCGUUAAGGAGAAGACCCCUCAGCCUGUAGUGGAAGAACCGGCCCCAGCGACUGCGACUCCAAGCGCAGAGCUUCCUCAGCCAUCUAUCGAGCACGAUAUCGACGUACCUACGGCUCAGGAGGCGCCCCUUGACGAACACAGACCAAAUAAUGACGACGGAGACGUACCUAUGGAGGAUGUAUCAGACGUUGCCCAGGUCGAUUCUGAAUUACAGGCCCCUCUCCGAACUCAACUAUCAGUUCCUCAUAAGCAAUCUAUUGAACCACCGUUUGAGGAAGUUCACAUACAAUCGCAAGAAAUCAGUAAAAGGGGCUCAAGCACGCCAUCUCCAGGAGAGGAUGAAGACGAAACGGAUAUUGAGGAUGUCGACCUUCAGACGAUCGAGAUUGUCCGUGAACAUAUGGCGACUCCUCCAAUUGAGAGUCUACCCUAUUUUGAUGAGAAACCAUGGUUUAAAGACGCGGCCUUUCUAAAGUCGAUGGAUGCUCAGCAGUCAAGCCUCGAUUCGUUCAUCCUGGAAAGGCUCAGAGACGAAGCACAGCACCGGUUAGUAGAAGAGACGCGGGUGAAGUCGAUCUACGACGUAAACUACAACAACUAUCUACGAUUCACCAUGUCUAAUGAUCCUGUUGCUGUUAAGAGUCGGGAGAAGUUUACUUGCAUCACUGGAGUGGAGAGCACUGGUCACAAGCCUGGUUUCCAUGAGUCGAAGCCUGAAGGGAUAAGGCGUAGCAGAUACGCGUCAGAACGUGAUCUGGAACGAAUCUUGGAAGAGUCGCGACGCGUAGAGGAUGAGAAAAGGGAACGGCAAAUGCAGGCAGAAAGGGAAAGAUACAGGACUGAGAAGGAGGCAGUAUUACCUCGUCAGUAUCAGGCACCUGCAGAGCGAGAGAACGAUUUCUAUCGGGAUGUGACUGGGUUUAUUCAACCCGAGAAAAUCGUAGCAGCUUGGCAAACUUUACCCCCUGUGGAUAAUUUCACCGAGGAAGAAACUGCAAUAUUCGAAAAGGCCUACCUCGAGUUUCCUAAGCAGUGGGGUCGUGUCUCCGAUCCACUAGCGAACAGGGACUUUGGAACUAGUAUCCAGUUCUAUUACCUCAAGAAAGAGAAGAAUGAACUCAACCUUAAGGAGAAGUUGAAGAAGCGUCCGAGGCAGCGUAAGAAGGGCGGACGCGGCAAACAACGGUCUAGUGCACUGGUCUCCGAACUUGGCAAUGGGGAUAACGAGAACGAAGAAAACCAGGAGACGGGCGAAAAUGGCGAGCGGCGCCGACCUAGGCGUGCGGCCGCUCCUACUUUUAACUCAGAGGCCACACCGGCCACGGACGGCGAAGGAACACCAGUCGGUACUCCUGGACGCAGAGGGGCUGGCUCUAAGGGAGACGGAAGCUCCGAGAAGCCAGAACGCAAGCCUAGAGGGCGCCGGGCUGCUAAGGACAGAGAAGCGAAACAACCCCGGGUCAACCAGACACUUGCUGCAGCUCCGCCUCCGGUGAUUAAAGGUAACCGCUCGCGAUCCAGCUCUCGGGUUCAUGGCCCGGAAUGGACCUCUCAGCAGGCACCGAACGAGGCAGGUAGGGUUCCAACUCAGUACGAAUUGGCUCCAAGUACUACGGCAGUUCCACCGGUUACUAUUCCUGCGCCAUUCCCACACGCACAGCCCAUACUCAGUCCCGAAAGGGGUAUUCCUCCUCCGCCUCCACCACCAGUCUCGGUGUCGAUGGACGCGAUGGGUCCUCCGCCUUUGCGCCCCGAGCCGCCGCAACAGCCAUCAGUUGCUAUGCUUGAUCUUGGCACCCCUACAGCAUCUGAUCGUAGAUCCGGCACGCAAGCAUCUAGUUACUGGAGCGUACCUGAAGCGAAUGAUUUCCCCCAGUUGCUUCGUUCCUUCGGAAGCGAUUGGGCAGCUAUUGCCACACAUAUGCGGACCAAGACUCCAGUCAUGGUAAAAAACUUUUAUACCCGAAAGAAAGACACUAACGAUUGGCAAGACAUCGUCAAGGAGGCGGACGCUAAGAAACAGCGAGGAGAGAAGAGGCCCGCGCCUCCAGCACCUAGCUCUGGUGUUAAGAAGCGCUACGAAACAUCUAGCAAUCGGCCACUCGCAGCCGCUGAUGCGGUCAUGGAAGAUAGUCCCGGUGCAAAAGUCGAACAUUCUCAACCCGCACAGCCGACGACAGGUCGUUUCAACGUUCCGAUCGCAGCCCAACCGCAGCCUACGCUUUUGCAGGCAUCGUUCGUGCCGCCUCAGGCUCCGAUGGCUCAGAGCCACGGCGCUACCCCGCCUGGAUCCCAGUCUCUAGCUCAGCCAGUGACGCAAACUAUGUCUCCUCGGCCUAUGAGGGCACCUUUUUCAUUCGGCGAAAGAGAACGGGAAAUGCCGCCUCAGCAGACUCCUCGCGUUCCAUUAAUGCAGAAGACGACCCAGCAAGGGCCUCCAGCAGCACCCGAACCUCCCAUGGGGAGACAUCCUUUGCCUACGUCCCUUAUCGAGCCUCAGUCGGAACGGCCUAAAGUCGAACCUAAAAUUCCAAAGGAACAACCUCGUCACCAGGAUCGCCAACACCUGCGCGUGAAGCAGGAACCGGACCUUAUCCACCAAUAUGACCCAUAUGCUUCUCAGGCUCACCAGAGUAUUCGAAUGGCAUCAUCUCGUCCAGAUAGUGUAUCCAUGUCUCGUCCUCCAGACCCUCCUCGUGCCGUAGCGCCAGCUCCAGCGCCGGCUCCACAGGCGCCUUUUGCCACCAUUCUUCAGCAUCACAGCCGAGCAUUAUCAGGCGAGGGUAUCCCAUCUCCACGUUCUCGUCCUAUGCCAAACCUUUCACGGCCGACAUCUGGGGCUAGUAGUGGGACGGGGCCGUUCAGCGCUCCACCAGCGCAACCCACGCCACCUGCCGUUGUCUCUGCGCCCACCCGCCCACCAGAGCGUAAGACAUCUAGCUUGAUGGCACUUCUGAAUGACGACCCGCCUCCCCCUCCACCCAAACGAGUGGCCGAGGUACCUGCAGCCGCGAAGCCGUCCUCAACACCCCCACCUCAAUCCAGUCUAUCGCGCCCUCCUCCUCCGCCGCCGCCACCGUCUCAUGUUCGGAGAGAAUCAGAGCAGAGUUACGGAUACGGUCGGAAUCCGCCACCAGCACCAUCCGCAAUGCCCCCUCUAAAACCAUAUGCAUCCGCGUCGCCUCAGGCGCAGUCCUUAAAUGCUCCCCGACAUAUGCCGUUAGAUACGGCAGCGGAGCGAGAAUAUUAUGGUGGCCGACCGCGAUCUUUUCCUACUGGACAUCAGCCUCCAGCGACAAACUCGCCCCAGAACACACAUCACUAUCCACCUCCGAAUCAGCCGCCUCAAAUGCAGUACCAACAACCACAACCAUCGUACCAAUAUGGUGCGCAAGUCCAGCCGCCUAAUGUAGCAUCUCCCCCACCUCAAUACGGAGGUCAUCCUGCUCCCAGAGGCCACGAGUCACAGUCCAGUCGGGAUAUGGGUCGGGACAUGGGUCGGGAUAUGGGUUGGCCCGGAACACAUCAAGGCCACCCGCUGCAACAACAACAGCAGCCGCCACCGCAGCCGCAGCCAACUUGGGUAUCACACCCUCCCCAACCACCGAAGUCCACGCAGCCUCCGCCAACCCAGUCAGCAUGGGCUGCGCAACAUGCGCCUACGCCAAAACCGCCUCCUCCUAGUAGUUCCGUUCCACCGCAACCUUCUUGGGCUUCUGCUCCGCCACCGAGAGGUCAUGAUCCCAUGGCACUGCGUGAUGUUCGAGACGUCUACCCGCCUCAUAGGAUGCAACCUCCUCUACAGCAAUACGCCCCUGCUUCACGUGCCCCUGAGCCACCUCCGCCACAAGCGCCGGCGGCAUACCCCCGCUAUGCAAAUACACCGGUGCCCGGGCGGGACCCUCGCGAUCCUGGUCCCCCGAGGAGCUAUACACCUGUAAACGCCUACGAUAGUAGAGGUUACCCACCGCCUUCCGCUCAAGAUAUCCGCGAAGCGCAUUUGCGCGAACAGCAGCAGCAGCAGCAGCAGCAACAGCAACAGCAGCAGCAACAACAACAACAACAACAACAACAACAACAACAACAGCAACAGCAACAGCAAUCAAUGCUGCAGCAGUCGUUGAGACCUCAGGAUAGACAUAGCCUGUACGACCGUCCACCACCUGCGCCCGAUAGGUAUGGGAGGUAGGAGUACCCAUAUCCACGAGGGCCGGCGCCGUUACCAACCGCGAAAAUAUAGAAGCAGGUAGGAUCGAGACCGAACAAGGAGGAAACAGAGUCCUUCGUCCCACAAACGCUAGAGACCCGAACAAGAACCCUUGAAGGCUGCCAACCUGUUCUUUUUUUAUUUCGACGAAUUCUAAGGUUAAGCUUUCAGCUAUGCGGAUAUACCAAUUCUUAUUGCAGCGUGACAUACCAGCAGGGUAUAGUUCGAUGCUCGGGCUUACCUAGUUGUCGCUCAGAGGGAGUCAGCAUAUUUUCAUUUCGUGCAGACUGCUCGUCUGUCUCCUAGGUGUUCGUAACCAAAAUUAUUAAGACUAGACUGGAGCAUGUUGGUUGUUUCCUACUUUUUUUCGUCUUUGGUUCGCGUUCGAUUCGUCUUAUCAUCACACAGCCAUCUGACGUA